AUGACAGCGUUCACGCUCUUUCACCAACCUACAAUUCGCCAAAAGAUAUAUAACAUUAAAAAUCAACUGCACAGCAAGGCACUCAUCGCGGCCAUCUGUUCCUUCGCAGCACGUUUUGUUGCCGGGUAUCCCGACGCACCAAGGACUCCAGAGACAACUCCGAAAGAAAUCCCACCUAUACAGGACCACGAACGCAUGCACAAGCUUGCGAUGAAGUGGGUCCUGGAAGCACUCAAUGAAUGCGAAGACGAGACUCCUCCACUUUGCGUUCUUCAAGCUCUAGUACUUACGACCUUCUAUAAAUUAACAGAAGGAGUUCGUGGAAGAGCUUGGAGAUUGCUGGGAACGUGCGUUAGGAUCGCAUACGAGUUACGGCUCAACUUCAUCGACAUUGACCGGCCAGACUACAGCUCUGAUGUAGAUAAGUGGUGCGUAGAUGAAGAACGUAGACGCUGUUGGUGGGCUAUAUGGGAGAUGGACGUAUUUGCUAGUUCUAUCAGGCGAUGCCCCACUGCCAUCGACUGGACAACGAACGAAACUUAUCUUCCGGCCAAGGACAGUUGCUGGUUCAACGGGCGAUAUCAGAAAUCUUGCUUCCUGGAGCUGAAUGCCACUGACCGAGUGAACUCUCUAAGAGACUCCGGCAAUCGAGGUGCCGACGCUUGGUUCAUCGUCCUCAACUCUAUGAUGCACGAUGCCCAACUGCUCUCCAAUAUGUCCACUGUUCUGCCCGAUAUCGACCCAGACAACAACGUAGCACAAAUGAUUCAAUACUUUCAAAAUCAGUUUAAGGGGAAAAAGUUAGAGGACGCAGAGAGGAAGCUACCGGGACUGGAGAAUGCUCUACGCUCGUUUAAUGCGACCCUCCCGACAGAGCUUUCUUAUACCGGGGAAUAUCUUAGCUUUAUGAAGGGCGAAACUUUAUCCAGCGCUACCAUAUUAGCCAGGAGACAAGACGUUGCAAAAUAUAGCAUCCAGAUUACCUUUCAGCUCACCAAGAUCAUGAUAAAUCAUCAUUACGCCUUCAGGGAAGUGGCGGCUGGUAAAAGGACAACCGAGAAUUCAAGAUACACGGGCCUAAACUGGAACACGGUAGAGCCAGAAGUACCAACAAAUGCUCAAGGCCUUCAGAACUGUAUGGAUUCGGCGGACGACAUCCUCGCAAUCCUAACACGAUGCUCAGAGCAAUAUGUGCAAUACGUCAACCCCUUCCUCGCCAGCACCAUUUGGCUGGCUACGGCACUGCAAGUUCUCCGCAAGGUGUUCUCUGGUAACUCCAACUCAGACCUCAUUGUAUCUAAAUGCGAGGUCUUGCGGAGCCACUGCGAACAAUAUUCGCAGGUCUGGGGAACACCAUUGGCGCUGAUGGAAAACUUGGACACACUCGAAGAGCGAUUGCGUGAGAAACAAAGACAAAGGUAUGACAUCGGAACAACGUCAGCUCAGUUUGUCCCUCGAGGAAGUUCUGAAGAGAAGACUCAAACCUCUUCUAGCAAUGAGCAGAAUCAAGGCCCAGUGCCAGAGAUGGACUGGAUGACGUGGCAGCAGCGGCACUACGUGUUCAACCCAGACGCCGGUUUCAACACUGUGCAGGGCAUUCCACCGCAGCAAUACUACGUGCCAAACAUCCCUCUCGAUUACACGCAGGUGCCGUAUACUGGAUUAGAAGGGGAACCCUAUUCGGUUCCACCGUCAAUGCCUGCCGCAACAUCGGUCCCGGCCCGAACGAUAGAGAACGUCAAUCCAAGCACGGAGUUCGACAGCGGCUUUUCUAAAUACCUGCAGACACUCAUGUCCGAUUCUUAUACUAAAUGAUUACCGAGUGUCUGCCAGCUCGUAUCUGUAGGACAUGGAUUCGUUGCUAUCUCGGACAGUAAAAGGGAAUAGCUAUGGAGGAAGGAAACGGAAAAGAUCUCAUUUUUCUUCUCUCAUUUGACCCCGGAGUAUACGAUGGCGGGUUUUGGCAUCAACAACUAUAUACCCCUACUUUUUUGACGGCGGGGACGGAGCAUCAAAAUUGCAUCACAUGAUUGGGGAAGGGCGUUUGGUCGUGGGCGCAUUCAUCCAUCUUGCAUCAAAAUGGUCUUUGAGUGUGAACAUAGGUGUAAAGACAUACUCGACACACUCAUUAUAAUACAUAUUAAUAAGUUGCUAC